CAGGCGACUCAGCGACCCCACCGCCGGCCUCCGCCCUCUGCGCACCGGCGACCUCCCCUCCCCUCCUCUCCCUUCCCUUCCCUUCCCCCAUAUCGAGAAGGGAGGCCAUGGUGCUCCCGACACGGCUGGAUCCAGACCAAGCCCGUGGGGUUCCAGCUCGACCUCCUCGCAGCGACCACGGCGGCGGGAUCCGCGGAUCCAUGGCCACGGCGGUGCGAGCGCGCAGACGCAGCCUUGAGAAGGGAGGAGGCAGGGCGGCCAUGGCGUUCCCGCCGCAGCCGGGUCACUGGCUCCACCACGAGCUCCUCGCAGUUGUCAGUGACGACGGCGACUCCGAACCCUAGCGGACGCUCCUGCUCGUCUUCCUCCACACCUCUGCUCGUGCCCGUUUUCCUCGGCGCCAUAUUCAGCACCUACAAGAACGCAGCUUCCUCUCCCGCGACAGGGGAUGGAACUUGCCAAAUCUUGGUCUGAAGGGAAUGUUAUCUCCUGAGAUUGGACAGCUUACUAUGCAUUUUCUUGUACUGCACAGGAACUUGUUCUAUGGUAUUAUCCCUAGAGAGAUGGGAGAUUUACGAGAGCUGAAGGUGUUGGAUCUGGGGUACAAUAACUUCAAUGGAUCAAUUCCAUCAGAGCUAAUAAACAUUUUAUCCCUGGAAUUUAUCUUUCUUAAAAGAAACAGACUUUAUGGUGAUUUACCUCUUGAACUAAAUGAGCUCAUCAGUCUGUGUGAGUCUCGGGUUCGCCACGGCAGGACUUUCUCAAAUAGGAUGCCCGCUGCAAGCAUUCCUUCUACAAGUUGUCAUGAGCUGGGACAUAGAAGAAGAGAGCCGACAAGAAGUUGCACAGCGGUUCGCUCUGGUGUCGCUGCCAAUGGCGUUGCGCAAAGUGCAGAUUGCAGGCUAGAUGCGUACGAGUCCGUCCCUACGUCCACGAUGUCGAAGCAUAGGAAAUCAAGUCAAUUAGAUAGUAUAUCUGGUUAUGAAAUUUGUCUUUUGUGUACGCAGUUUUGCCAUUAUUUUGUAAAAGCUUUGAGUUUUUAUAAUGCUUUAUCUCAUUCUGCUUUUCGCACCAUGCUGAUUUGUGAACGAGAACCUACAUGA